AUGAUCUCUUCACCUGCCGGUUCCAAUGCGAGUCUGUCCUCCCACAGCUGGUGGGGAAGGUUUAAGACACCCAGGAGCAACAGAGAUGUCGAGCUGCCCGACAAGAUGCCUCCAUUCGCUGUCACCAAGCAGCGUCUCCUCACUUUGGUCUUCAGCGACAUGGAAACGAUUCGUAUGCUACCUCCUACGUUUGGUGAGCUUGAUGCAUUGGCGAGGGACUGGAUCAAGCCACCUCCAGAUGCUCUAUUCAGUUUACGCGUACCGAUCGACUUCGCAUCUAUACACGCAGCGCGAUUGGUUACAGGACCAUACAUUUAUUUGACGGGAGAGGAUUCAUAUCAAAUCGCGUCAAUGAAUGUGCAGGGCCUCCGCGUUGAAAUUGUGGGCGACAGUCCUCCGCCACCUGAAGAAGAGCCUCCGCCGCCACCUCCUCCUCCUGUGCUCGAGAUGCCCGCUACUUUCAAUCUGGAAUUGACGCCGGGCACGCAUGUGGCACUAGACACGCUGAUCUCUUCCGAUGAGCUUGACAUGGCACGUAUGGAAGAUGGGACAACAGUAGACGGCUCCUUCUGGGGAAAGCUCGACAUUGUGCAUGACGGCGAUACGCAUAAGCUGGAGUUUAGCGGCACAAGAAUAGCGAACACGCAAGAAAUCUCUACCGACCUCAUCGUCGACACGCGCGUCAUCAAUAAGCUUGCUCUCGCAGCUAAGCCUGCCACGGCAAAGUGCCAUUUGAGCAUCCUUGCACCAGUACAACAAUACUGCGAUGUCACCCUGGCAUUCGCGCCAUUUUGGAAGCUUGCUGUAACUUGGCCGCCCGCAGAGCCUAUUGAAGACCAAAAAGUGAAGUACUUCCUGCGGGUUCAUCCUGGUGGCGCACUAGAGCACUUCGAGUCCGAGACCAUUGCGACGUCACUAUACUACGAAGCGAUACCGGAACCUGGGAUGCUCGACCCGCACGAGUUUAUUGCCCCUCGGAACAGUUUUGCAAUGCCCUAUACAGACUUCAUGUCCCAUAUCAUGCGUGUCCUUGAGCAGCUAGGACUAUCCUUAACGGCACGGACACAAUUCAUUCACCAGAACGUGUUUGCCUUUUCCGCUCACCGCAAUAUCGCAUAUCGUUUCAUGACCCCUAGCAGGAUAGCUGCAGCCAUCGACAUUUCUGUCACAGCAGAGAAUUGCGUCUUCACACGUCUCUUCAUGAUGUUCCGCGGCGUCUCCGAUGAUGACCUCGGUCUGUUCGCAGGUGCAGGUGAGAAGGAAGCGAACGUAUUUAAUUGGCGCGAGGUCGUUGGUUGGUCCGAACACUCCAAGGACCAGUCGCAGUUUCGGGUGCUCGAAAUAUCCGUCCUCGAGGUAACAUAG